AUGAAACCAGAUAUUUUAACUGUAUCACUAUGUCACAAGUACAUUGCCAGAUUAAAGCACGAAGAGAACAAUUUGGAAAUACUAAAUUUACAAACGUCAACAGUCUGUCGGUCAUAUAACCUUCAAACACUAGUGAGACAGUUUUCUCAAAGUAACUACACAGGUCCUUGUGUUGUAUCACAAUUGCAAUGGGAACAUAUACUACCAGACUCAGUAUCUACAAAGCUUGCAAUAGUAGUAGAUAAUUUACAUAUUGCAAUGAUUAUUGAUUUCCGAAAGGAAGAUACCGAACCUAUUUUCAUCAAGCAACCCAAAAAUGAAGGAAUUGAAAGUAUAGAAUGGAUUCCACCGCCAUCUGAGAAGGAUUUAGGAGCGUAUACCAACAGUCGUCAAUUAUUGAUAUUUUCAAAGCAUGAUCUAGCAGUCAGGGUGUUCUCUUUGGAUUGCACGCACGUGUUAUUCACAAUCUACAAGCCAAUAUCAUCACUCUUAAUUCGUCCUAGUCAUGACAAUAGAUUCUGGUCCAUACUUGCAAACACCCUUGAAUAUAACAAACCUCCGGUAUUGUAUCAUUUUUAUAACGAGGGGUCUGUCAGCCUUCUUAUUAAGCUGAUCAAAUUACCGAAUACGUUGACAACUGAGCCAAAACUAUCGUGGUCAGAUAAGGGGACUUGGUUGCAGAUUUUCAAUGACCAUGAAACGAUUUUUGGAUAUAAUUUAUUGGUUUAUGAUCUUCUAGGGCGUGUUUCUGAGAGAAGAAGAAUUGACCCGUUAGUCGACGUGGAUAUCUUGGAUAAUGGGUAUAACAUGGGUUCAGAUGAUCAUUUGCAUUUUAGUAGUAACGAGUUUCAAUCUAGUUGGGUGACGCUCCUGUCUGAUAGGGAAUACAUUGUUGUAUCUGAUCUUCAAGGACACCAAUUGCAAAUUCAAAUAAUUGAAAUAAGGUUAUUACGAGUAAUCAAGGCAAUAGAACUAGACUUGAAAGACAAACAGGGUUGGAAGCAACUGUGGGACAAAUUUGUUUACGGAAAAAUAGCAUUACCUGAAAAUCUUGAAAUUACAAAAGUUUAUUCACACGAGUUUGAACUAUAUAUUUGCAUCAACAAUACAUACGUGGUAGGUUGCGACCUUGAGUUGACUGACUCGGAUGAUAUAGAGAUAGAGAUAGAAUCCAUAGUAGAGGUGGAUACUGUUAUUGUUGAUUUCUACAAGAAUGACAAUAAAUUAGUACUCGUCUCAGAAAAGCAGAUUGUGACUUUGAACGAUGACAAUGACAAACCUCAGAAAAUAUUUGAAACAAACGGUACAAUUAAGAAUACUCAACCAAAUGCUGAUCAAAUUACUAUAAUAUAUAACACCACACAAAAAACGUUAUGGGAAACAGUUUUCACAAGCAAUAAGUUUGCCAGCCCCAGGAAAAAGAGACAUUUGGUGGGAAACACUUCCAUCCUGCUAGAUGAUAUAACAGACACAUUUAAUUUAAAGAAAAGAAUCAAAUCAAAAUAA